GUUCAACGCAAGUACACACCCCCGGACGUUUUAGAGAAGUGUCUGCCUGCACGUCUGUCAACUUGUGAUAGUAUUUUUCAGUUUUUGCUCGAUGUUUACCAACUUGUACCUUUUACACGGAGAGGAUAGCUAGAUAAUUUACUACUCAUGGCUACCAUCGUUCUUUAUUCCAUAAACAGAACGGCGCAAACCACCGUGAGACAAUGUUUUAUUCCUUAUUCAAAGGGAGCUUCCAGAGUGGACUCGCACCUUACUGUCUUCCAUAAAACUUCAGUCCGCAGGUUAACUUCGCUUCCGAGAGUGAGAUGGGUUCCCAAAGCUACUGGAGUGUGCUUCAUGUCCCUCGGGACUGCAGGCAGAACCGCACCCGGGCGAACCAGGACGGGCGCAGUGCUUGUAGCUGGAGUAGCCGCGGCAGUGGCGGGGUUUGUGGCCAGCGCUAGUCACUUUCAGCGAGCUGAAAUGGCAUCAGUGAUCCCCAAAGCCGAGGAGGAGGACACGGAGAUAGCGGAUAAAUGCAAGACAUUCAUGUCUCCACCGUGUACCGACGUUAAAGUUCUCCAGCAGAGGAAAGAGGAGAUGUGCACGAGGAUGGAGAUGCUGAUCAUGGAGACGCAGGCGGAGUUCUGCCGAGCGCUCGAGGAGGUGGACGGCGGCAAGUUCAAAGUGGACCGAUGGGAACGGAAAGAAGGUGGCGGGGGCAUCAGCUGUGUGCUGCAGGAUGGGAAGGUGUUUGAGAAGGCGGGGGUCAAUGUGUCCGUGGUGUUUGGGAACCUGACCGAGGAGGCCGCCAAGCAGAUGCGCAGCAGAGGGAAGGUCCUCAAAGGAAAAGAUGGCAAGCUGCCGUUCUGUGCCAUGGGCGUGAGCUCCGUCAUCCACCCCACGAACCCCCACAUUCCCACAGUGCACUUCAACUACAGAUACUUUGAGAUAGAAGAAGAAGACGGUACUAAACAGUGGUGGUUUGGUGGGGGUACUGACCUGACUCCUACCUAUGUCAAUAAGGAGGAUGGUGCUCACUUUCACAACAGUUUGAAGGAGGCCUGUGACAAACAUCACCCUCAGUACUACCCCGACUUCAAAAAGUGGUGUGACCGGUACUUCUACAUCCGCCAUCGUGGCGAGACGCGGGGCAUCGGUGGCAUCUUCUUUGACGACCUGGACUCUCCCAGCCAGGAGGAGGCGUUCAGUUUUGUUAAGAGCUGUGCCCACACCGUGGUGCCCUGUUACCUGCCCAUCGUCCAGAAACACCUCAAUGACCCCUUCAGCCCAGAGGAGAAGGACUGGCAGCAGGUGCGGCGAGGCAGGUAUGUAGAGUUUAACCUGGUGUAUGACAGAGGGGUGAAGUUUGGACUGGCCACGCCAGGCUCCAGGAUCGAGAGCAUCCUCAUGUCCCUGCCGCUCACAGCCAAGUGGGAGUACAUGCAUGAGCCUCCUAAAGGCACCCAGGAAGCCGAUAUGCUGGAGGUGUUACGAAACCCCAAGGAGUGGGUCUGACACGGACGUUACCAUGGUGAUAACAUCCUGACUGAGCCUCCGGAACAGGAGCCUACAUGACUGUUGAUGACUGGAACAGGAGUCCGUCCCUUUCAACUGCAGAUCAUUGCUUUUUCAUUGGCCAACUCAACUGCAAACUUAUCACAGAUACUAUUAGCUAGUUUUCACUGAAAAAAGCACACUCGCUCUUAUUGCUUGUUUUAAUAUUGUCUGUGUCAGAUAAGCCUUGUUACCACUGCCUGCACUGCUUUAUCAUGGAUGUCUUUAUCAGUCCAUUUCGGAUCUAUUGCUUCAUCUGUUUUUUGUUCGGCCAGGAUGUUUGUCUCUCAGUGCCCUCUGGUUGUGUUCACCAGGCAGUCUAGGCACCAAACAGAUUAGGUACUUGUGAAGGAAAAACACUUCUCAUUUUCUGUUUCAAACCAGUUUCUUCCGUCUGUUGGUGCUGAAUGUGGCCCAGGAUACAAGAGAAAGUGGAAGUGAACCACUCGGGGUGUGUGGGCUACGCCAUUGAUGUAAAACAUCAUUAAAUAUGUUUUUAUAUCCUAA